ACAACUCGUACCCAAGACAACUCGUACCCAAGUUUAUUUUCAGUACUAGGUGUGCAUAUUAGGAAAACAUAUUCAGUCUGUAUAAUAAUGUUUCAAUGUUACAAUGUAAAUCAAAUAAGUCUCACUAUUUUUUUUUGAAUUUAGCAGACAUUUUUUCUCAAAUGGAUUGAGCAAUUAAAUUAGAUAAGUGCAUUAUUAGAGAAAAAUAGUUUACUCAUUUUGACAUUAAUCUUAUCAGUAAUAGCAUUGUGUGAAUAAGUACCAAAAUAAUAUAGAGAUUUUUAAGCCCAAGUUUUGAUAAAUCUUUGAAAUUCUUUCAUCAAGGAUAAUCAUUUGUUAUUGCUGAAAAGUUUAUAUCCAACACCUUUUUAAUUAUUAUUGAUUAGAUUGAAGUGAAAAAGAAUUUAUAACCAAUUGUUUAAAGUUCUUUGUUGGAUUAGCAUGUCACAAACAACACCUUUUUUCAAGUAAAGGAUAAAGAGAUGCUGGUAAAAAACAAGGAGAUUAAAGGUGAAGAUUAACUAAUGAUGAUGAUUAACUGAAUUCUGAGUAUAAAGGCUCUAACAUUUUACUUCAAAUUUAGAUUUCUAUCUACUGCUCUACUGACAACAUUACAUGCCACAAAAUAUAACAUCUACAAUCUACAAUGCGUACAGUUCAUCCAUGCCUGUCGUGUGGAGUCAAUAUACGUCUCAGACAGCAGUACUUGACAUGUGUCUCAUGUUCUGGAUGGCAACAUCGGACAUGUACAGGUUUCACACAGGGAGAGUACAGAGAAGGAAUAAUAGCCUGGAAAUGCUCAAGAUGUCCUGCUGUAGAUCUGGAAGCGAUCAUAAAUACAACUACAAGCACCAGCGUAGGACCCCCUCAAGCAGAGAGUACUGCAUUGGAGUUCAUGGAUUCUGAAUCUUACAGCCAGCCGCCUGUGAUGGAUCAAAUCAGCCUAGCCCAACAAGUGAAUGAGGAACACACCUGCAACCAACCCGAACUGUCAACUGAGUACAACACAGACAUUCCGCGCAUAAAUGUAACAGACAGUCGUAUACACAGCUUCAAUAUAGAACGCCCUUAUGACAUCCCUGAUCGAUUCACUGAAGAUACAGUGCGUGAAGCCACACUUCCAAUGGAUAUAACAGAAGCUAGUGAAGAGCCUCUCUCAUAUAGAGUGCUGCCUGGUGCCUUCCAGCGUGGAAACUCACUUCUUUCGGACUCAGAUGGAUUUCUAUACACAAAGAAGAAGUCAAACUCUACAUCCACUACCUGGACUUUGAAACUAAGAUGUGGUGCCAUGGUUGUACAGA